AUGGCGUUUAAGGACUUUGGUGAAAAAAGAGUGGAACAGCGUGGACCCUCCCAGCCUCGGGUCCCGAUAAAUGGUCUGGUGGCAGAUGCCUGCUCCCCUACGGCUUGGUCGCUGCCUUCUCCUCGAUCCGACAGGGCGGUUGAUCUCCAUAUCUUCUUAACCUCCAUCCAAUGUCCAGCCUACUCAACAGAUGCAGACACAUAUGAGUGGACUACUUCUACUAAGCAAGAUGCAAAAUUCAGUGCCCAAAAUACUUGGCAGGAUAUGCGCCUCUCAGCUCCGGUCCAACCGGUGGCAGAGACCAUCUGGUUUAAAGGAGCAAUACCAAGGAACAACUUUAAUAUGUGGAUAGCAAACUUGAACAGAUUGCCAACCAGAGCAAGACUAGCAGGUUGGGGCCUUCAAAUAAAUAAAGCUUGCUGUCUCUGUUCUGCUUUCGAAGAAACCAGGGAUCACCUCCUUCUCUCUUGUGCUUAUAGCAUGGAGGUGUGGAGACUCUCUAUCGGCAGGUUAAACCCACCGAACUCACUGUUCAGAACUUGGGCUGAGCUUCUAUCUUGGAUUAGAGGUACCUCAGUUGCAGCGCCCUCUCUCCUGCGGAAGCUAGCUGUCCAAUGUAUCAUUUACCACCUUUGGAAGCAACGAAACAAUGUGCUGCACAACCACACUGUUCUACCACCUACCACCAUAUUCAGGAUCGUUGAUAAGGAGAUGCGCAACACAAUUACAGCAAGAAGGGAGAGGAAGCACUUCAUCAAUCUUAUGGUCAAAUGGAUGCGAUGA